UGUUCCUUUCUCCCUCCUCGCUGCAAUUACCCCCACCUGCGCACAAGCCAGCUUGCACUCUCAGGCCCCGCCGGCGACCUGCCCCUAAUCCGACCAGUACCCAUCUGCAUCUCCCCCAAGGGCCCCAACCCCGCUACUAUCGCCCCAUACCCAAGGAAGACGAAGAGGUGAAGAAAGAAAAGGAUUGCAGAGACAAGAAAAGUUGUUCAACAGAAGCAAUAACCAGAUUACAAGGGAAAUUUUAAUAAAUUGAUCCUUGCGUAGCAUUUCUGCGAAGAGACUUACUUGCAUUGAACAAGAUGACGAACUGUUCGAAGAUUUUAGCCAUGGAUCCAAUGACCACUUUAAGUAUGAAAGCUAAUAAACGGAUGUUCCCGAAGAGGUAGUGAUUCUCGUUCACCUCCAUCACCGAAACCUCUUUCCUUCCAAGAAUUCUCCGUCGAGAAGUUGCUCUCAAACCUGUAACCACCACCGGCAAAGACAUGGCCCCCAGAGAGGAGUUCCGGAUACCUAUCCCCUGUCUCUCUCUUCUCUGUUGUUUGCCCCUCACUCUCAGUCUCUCUCUCUCCCCUGCUUUUCUCCCUAACCAAACAAAGUUUAAGAAAUAGGAUGCAUCACAACACUCUCUUGGCUUCACUGGGUUUUCUUUCGUUUUCUCUGGGAGAUGAAGUUAUCAGUAGAGAUGACAAUGUGGCCUCCCCUCAGCGAUCCAAGAAGUUACUUCUCGUCUCUGGAAAUGAUUGCUUGGGCUUGAGUUCUCAUCCGACUGUUCGGAAGGCUGCUGCAAAGGCAGCCCGAGAACAUGGAAUGGGCCCAAGAGGCUCUGCUUUGGCAGGCGGGUACACCAAUUAUCAUAGGCUACUGGAGUCAUGCUUGGCAGAUUUGAAGAAGAAAGAGGAUUGCCUUCUCUGCCCUACAGGCUAUUCAGCCAACAUGGCUGUAAUGGGUACAAUUGGGAAUGUUGGUUCUUUCCUAGCUUCUGGCAGGAAACUGUUGAAGGAUGAAAGGGUAGCCAUCUUUUCAGAUGAUCUGAACCAUGCAUCUAUUAUUGAUGGUAUUCGUCUUGCUGAGCGGAAAGGAGGAGUAGAGGUCUUUGUGUAUAGACAUUGUGACAUGUCCCAUCUUGACGCUCUCUUAUCAAGUUCCUUGAUGAAGAAAAAAGUUGUUGUGAGUGAUAGCUUGUUUAGUAUGGAUGGAGAUUUUGCACCAAUGGUCGAGCUUGUAGAGCUUCGUAAGAGGCAUGGGUUUUUAUUAGUUAUCGAUGAUGCUCAUGGAUCAUUAGUUUGUGGUGAAAAUGGUGGGGGAGUGGCUGAGGAGUUUAACUGUCAAAAUGAUAUUGAUAUAUGCAUAGGAACUCUUAGUAAGGCUGUGGGCUGCUCCGGUGGAUUUGUGACUUGCAGCAAAAAGUGGAAACUUCUCCUACAAUCAACGGGUCGUGCUUUCAUAUUUUCAACUGCUUUACCUGUUCCAGGUGUUGCUGCUGCACAUGCUGCUGUUAUUGUGGCAAAAAAGGAGAUGUGGCGUAGAAAGGCAAUUAGGAGCCGUGUGCAAGAUUUUCGCACUCUAACUGGACUUCCCAUUACAAGUCAUAUCAUUUCUAUCAUUGUUGGGAGUGAAGAGAAGGUCCAUCACGCAAGCACGUCUUUGCUUAAAUAUGGUUUCCUUGUAACACCAAUUACACCUCCCGCAGUGCCUUCAAACUUAUGCAGGCUACGGGUAACACUCAGUGCAGCACAUACCACAGAUGAUUUGAAGCAGCUCAUAGCAGCACUCUCCAACUGCAUCAGCUUACCAGAAACUAAUGCUGCAAAAUUCGACGGACGUGCGAAACUCUAAAAUGUGAUGUUUUCUAGUAGAAGAGUGAUUCUCUUCACAGGAUUGUCUUCAAUCGAUUUUGAUUGAUUUGGAUGAAAUUUCCAUUACAUACUGUUUUUACUCUAUAUGUAAUAAUGCUACACUAAUAAUGUUUCUCUAUGUUGUCUGGGUUUGCUCGGGUGAGCCUUUUAUGUAAUAAUGCUACACUGUUGUUAUUAUCCAUGACAUACCAAGUGGUGGUAGGGUUGGUUGGUUUAGACUAA